AUGAUUCAGGGCCCGGUUUCCCAAAAGCAUCUUAAGGUUAAAGUUCAUCGUUAGAACCAUAGGAUCCUAUAAUGCUUUUGGGAAACCGGGCCCUGGAAUGUUACAUAAAUGAAGAUGCAUGCUUAUUACAUAAAAAAAAAAAAUCAUCCAUGAUCUUUCACAGAUGUAACUGGUAUGACCAUGGCAGCAAUUUUUCAGAAGUUGAUGGAAUUUGCAAGUUCAGUGAUUAUGACGUCAAAUGUUUUGAGUUGUGAAUGACCUCCUGACCUCCUGAAUGACCUCCUGACCUCCUGAAUGGUUCUGUAGUGGCUACAAUCAAAAGCUGUCAAUCAUGUGUCAAAUAUAGUGCACGACUCCCUAUAUAGUGCACGACUCCCUAUAUAGUGCACGACUCCCUAUAUAGUGCACGACUCCCUAUAUAGUGCACGACUCCCUAUAUAGUGCACGACUCCCUAUAUAGUGCACGACUCCCUAUAUAGUGAACGACUCCCUAUAUAGUCCCUAUAUAGUACACUACUCCUUAUAUAGUGCACGACUCCCUAUAUAGUGCACUACUUUUAACCAGGGCUCUAUAAUAGGGUGCCAUUUGGAACACAGAUCUACUCUGCUUUGAAAAUAGGAUUCUAAUUCAUAACAGUAAUUUUUUCUUGGGCCCAUAUUCAUUAAACUUCUUAGAGUUGUGCGGAUCUAGGAUCAGGUCUCCCCCUGUACAUGUAGUAAUCUUAACCGAAAGGUUACUAGUUCGAAUCCCAUAGCCGUCAAGGUGAAAAAUCUGUCGACGUGCCCUUGAGCAAGGCACUAAACUCUAAUUGCUCCAAGGUCCCUGGCCGUGUCCCCACCCUCUGAGGGUGUCUCAGGGGGAGUUGGGAUAUGCAAAAAAUACAUUUCCAUUUCACACAAAACGCAUAAUACACACUUGUACAUAUGCGAAACAGGACAAAUAUAAGCACCCACCAAAUUAUUAUUAUUUUUAUUUAUUAUCUAAUAGGCAAAACUGGUCCUUGAUCCGCACUCCAACUCUGAGAGGUUAUGAAUACAGGUCCAGAUAUAUUUCCUUUAUCUGUUAAUUCCAGAGUGAAUCAUUGGUUGUCUGUGACGUUGAUGGAGCCCUAGUUAAAAAGCUACAGGAGUUCCGCUUCCGGAAGGACACUAACAAUGCUGCUAUCAUCAGUAAGUGUCCUCCUAAUCAUAAAGAAUUUAAAGUUGACAAUGCUGCCGUCAUCAGUAAGUAUCCUCCUAAUCAUAAAUAAUUUAAAGUUGACAAUGCUGCCGUCAUCAGUAAGUAUCCUCCUAAUCAUAAAGAAUUUAAAGUUGACAAUGCUGCCGUCAUCAGUAAGUAUCCUCCUAAUCAUAAAGAAUUUAAAGUUGACAAUGCUGCCGUCAUCAGUAAGUAUCCUCCUAAUCAUAAAGAAUUUAAAGUUGACAAUGCUGCCGUCAUCAGUAAGUAUCCUCCUAAUCAUAAAGAAUUUAAAGUUGACAAUGUUGUUUUUUUGCUUCCACACACAUGGGGCCUGAGAUCCAGUCAGUGUUUGUAAAGGACCAUUAUGUUGAUCCAUGCUGGUUUGUCACACCCUCGUAUUACCCUGGGUUUUGGGUACAUAGAUUGUUUCUGAUGUUCUCUUAUAAAUUCAUACAUCCUCUCAUUGGAUUGUUUAUAAGAGGAACGUUUGUCUGAAGCUUUUGAAGGCCUCAUAUAUUUGUUUUUGUCUUUCUCAGUGAAGAUUGACAAGGACAAACAGCUCGUCAUCCUUGAUGAAGAACAUGAGGUACGUUGCCAGAUUGGUUGUUGUAUGACGACGUCAGUGUUUAUAAAGUGUCUUAUCCGCAGACCUCUUAGAGCGUCUUCUAUGAUGUAGCCUGAACCUACUGUGGGACAAGACAUAUUUAACCUUGAAUACCUUCUCUCUCUCAUUUCUAGGAUAUUUCUCCUGAUGAUCUGAAGGAUGAGCUGCCCGAAAGACAGCCAAGAUAUCCUUUGGUCAAAGAAUAAAGACAUGUAUUUACAAGAUGCUAGAAUUUUUUUUCUCCACAUUCUGGGCUGAAUCCUAGUCCGAGCACAGUCAGAUUGGGCGUCAUCUGUGACUCUUAUCAUCUUUGUUUUAAUCCUACAAGUUCUCCUUAACCCCCUUCACGUUUGUGGUGUAUAGCUACAAGUACCAACAUAAUGAUGGACGAGUUUCUUACCCCCUCUGCUUCAUUUUCUCUAGUCCAGUGGGUAAGAUAAGAUCCGGUCCUCAACAUCCCUGUAGCAACACCUGUUGGGCCCAUUUUUAUAAAAAGAAAGAUACAUUGAGUCUGCCAUUUUUAACUGACGAGGGUGCAUGCUAACUGAGGUAAAAUGGGAUGUAUUCAUUAGUCGCAGGCCGAAGCAAAAAAACGGAAACCGAUUAUCGUUCACUCUAGGAACCAAAGAUACAGAAUGAAACGGGGAGGGACCUACCUGAAUUUGUCCAAUAGAAACUCUAGUUUUCGUUGCAAAACGGUUCCCGUUGAAAAAAGUUUUGAAAACAGACCAAACGUCUGCUACGGUCUGCGACUAAUGAAUACACCCUGAUUAAUGGAUAGUAAAAUACACUACAUGACCAAAGGUAUGUGGACACCUGCUCGUCAAACAUCUCAUUCCAAAAUUAUGGGCAUUAAUAUGGAGUUGGUCCUCCCCUUUGCUGCUAUAACAGCCUCCACUCUUCUGGGAAGGCUUUCCACUAGAUGUUGGAACAUUGCUGCGGGGGACUUGCUACCAUUCAGCCACAAGAGCAUUAGUGAGGUCGGGCACUGAUGUUGGGCGAUUAGGCCUGGCUCGCAGUCGGCGUUCCAAUUCAUCACUGUUGGAACUAUGCAUUCGGGCAAGAAGCGUUCUCCUGGGAUCCGCCAAACCCAGAUUCGUCUGUCGGACUGCCAGAUGGUGAAGCGUGAUUCAUCACUCCAGAGAACGCGUUUCCACUGCUCCAGAGUCCAAUGGCAGUGAGCUUUACACCACUCCAGCCGACACUUGGCACUGCACAGGGUGAUCUUAGGCUUGUGUGGGGCUGCUCGGCCAUGGAAACCCAUUUCAUGACGCUUCCGACAAACAGCUGACGUUGCUUCCAGAGGCAGUUUGGAACUCGGUAGUGAGUGUUGCAACCGAGGACAGACGAUUUUUACGAGCUACGUGCUUCAGCACUCGCCGGUCCCGUUCUGUGAGCUUGUGUUGCCUACCACUUCGCGGCUGAGCCGUUGUUGCUCCUAGACGUUUCCACUUCACAAUAACAGCACUUACAGUUGACCGGGGCAGCUCUAGCAGGGCAGAAAUUUGACGAACUGACUUGUUGGAAAGGUGGCAUCCUAUGACGGUGCCACGUUGAAAGUCACUGAGCUCUUCAGUAAGGCCAUUCUGCUGCCAAUGUUUGUCUAUGGAGAUUGCAUGGCUGUGUGCUCGAUUUUAUACACCUGUCAGUAACGGGUGUGGCUGAAAUAGCCGAAUCCACUAAUUUGAAGGGGUGUUCACAUACUUUUGUAUGUAUAGUGUAUGUUGUGUUACGUUGAAGUGAUUUAAGACAUGCCUAUAGUGGGUUUUAGUUUGACCCACAGAGAUGCAUAUUAUCUCUAUGUCCUAAUUCUAUUUCUAUGUUUUUAACCACGUCUGUUUUUCUCAGGAUGUAAACCCGAGCAGCAGAUGAUGUACGCUGGAAGCAAAAACAAGCUGGUGCAAACUGUUCAGUUGACUAAGGUUAGUGACCAAACUGUUUAUUUCAUCUUUGGAGCCCAUUUUUACCUGGAUUUAGCUGUAUUUAUUACUAGUUUAUUACCACGAUAUUACAUCCUACAGUGUAGUACUCUAUUAGUGUGUGAUUACAUAAAAUUGGCUCCAAGAUGUUGGCUUUAUAUCUUGUAAAAAGAGGCGUUAUCAGUCUUCUAUCUGCUCUCUCUCUCUCAUUUCUUCCAGGUGUUUGAGAUCAGAAACACAGAGGACCUGACAGAGGAAUGGCUUAGAGAGAAGCUUGGGUUCUUCGGUUAA